AUGGUUGAUUGCAGCAUAUUAGAACCACGUUACAGUAUCGGUAAUUUAUCUGUUGAAGACUACGAUAAUGGUGUAUUACACGUGUUAUCACAGUUGACGACUGUGGGCGAUGUUAGAAGAGAAGAUUUCAAUAAAUUUGUAAAAUUACAACAGGAUAACGAGAACCAUAAAACUUUUGUUAUCAAAGACAUUGAAACAAACAAGGUUGUAGGCAUAGCGACGCUAUUGAUUGAGAUCAAGCUUAUACACGGAUAUUCUAAAGUUGGGCAUAUCGAGGAUGUGGCUAUUGAUAAAAGCGUUCGAGGUAAAAAGUUAGGUGCAUAUAUCAUCCGUUACCUGUGUGAGCUAGCCAAAUCAAGGGGCUGUUACAAGACCAUACUAGACUGUGAUGAUGAAAAUGUUGGGUUUUACGAAAAAUGUGGGUUAUCCAGAAGAGGAGUUGAGAUGGAAUACCGAGAUUAA